AUUGAACACAAAGUUCUUUUUAGGCGCGUUUCUUAAUGCUAGGCGAAAACCCACCAAAAGUAGUAUGGACAAUUCCUGUAAACUUUGUAAGUGCCAAUUAUCCAUCUUUCAACAGAACUACGCCCGAUGUAUGGCUUACAGGGGGCGAGGAUUUCGUAACCGUUCCAUAUGUGAGCGACAAUGAUUGGAUCAUUGCGAAUAAAAAGCAGACGGGAUACUACCGUGUAAAUUAUGACGAAAAGAACUGGAACCUUAUCAAAAAGGCACUGCUUGGGGACCAUAACAAAAUCGAUGUCCUUAACAGGGCUCAAAUCAUUGACGACACGUUUAUGUUGGCUCGGUCCCGACAGUUGGCUUAUGAUAUACCAAUAUCUAUUGGACUAUACCUCAAACAAGAAAAGGACUACGUUGCAUUUUAUCCUUUCUAUAGAGCCAUCGGGUACUUAGAUAAUAUACUUUAUUCAACCAAUGGUAGAGAUAAAUUAAAAGAAUACGUUAAUAAUGUUUUACAAGACACCUACAAACAGCUUCAUUUUAAUGAAAAUGUCAAUGACAAACACACGGAUAAAUUAAAUCGAAUUAACGUACUGAAUUGGAUAUGUAAAAUGGACCAUGCGGAUUGUAGAUCAACGUGUUUGGAUAAAUUUAGGGCUUGGAAGGAUCGUAAAGCAAUUAUACCGGUUAAUUUACAACUUUCAGUAUUUUGCGGUGCAAUGCGAGUGGGUAGUAAACAUGAUCACAGCACACUGCACAAGGCAGCUAAAGAAUUAAAACUAGAUGAUAGAGAUUUGCGUUCUGCCAUGAUAACUUCAUUGGGAUGCAGUGAAAAUGAAGAGAUUUUGCAUAGUUACCUUAAUUCCGCUUUAGAAAAAGAUGCGGUAUUUGGACCUGACUUAGUUUUUCCGUCAGUUUAUACAGGAGGAGGUGUGGGGGUUCAGGCUGUUUUAAACCUUUUAUUGAAACAAGGAAAGUUUGAAAAAUUACAACAAAGAUCUGAAAAUAUAGAAGACCUUUUAAAUGGUAUAGCUUCGCGCAUCUCCGGAGAUAAUCAAUUUGAACAACUGACAAGGCUGUCGGUCACCCAUGACAAAUCAUUAUUUAAAAGGGCACUAGAAAUCGCCAAAACGAAUAAGGAAUGGUUUUCAGCGAAUGGUCCUGCAUUAUUAGAAGCUUUAGAUAAGGCCAAUGGAUCUACUUUAUUGACAAACAUUUUUAUAUUGACGAUCGUAUCUGCUGCUACUAGUAUAUUUUAUUAUUAAUUUAGUAUAGAUACAGCGGCUAUACUAGGUUUUACUUAAUACUAUGUCUGUGUACAUAUUUUCGCAUGGAAAAUUACCAUUUUGUUUUAUAAUUUCUGAAUGUGAACUGGGAUGGUGUGGUGCCCACAAUCACUCCAUUUCUGGCGUGCGGGAACGAUCGCAUAUAUAAUUUUUACUCAAGUAUCCUCGCAAAUAUCCUACUAAAAUUUGAGCCACUCA